UUGUUCUAAUCCCAUUCCUGUCGCUUGCUCCCCUUGCCCGGCUCUCCGCCCCCCUUCAAACCCUAGCUCGCGAUGUACGCCGAUUUGGUCGCUGCCGGAAGGAAGAGGUCCAUAAAGGACCGCCUCUACGUCGGCUCGGCGGAGGAUCCCCGCCCGACCGCGUCGCCGAUCACCAAAAGGCAACGCCAGACUGAAGGGAUACUGAGAUAUGAUACAUUUAAGGAUGAUCAAACUGCGUCUUCAAACAAAGUUGAUGCUGGAGAUCUACGAUGGAAGCUUCAAAGAAAAGGUCUGCAGCAAGGGACAGAAUCAGCAUCAUGCCUUCGCGAGAAGCUAUCUGGAACUGUGCACCAACAGCCAGUCAAAAGUCACAAGUUUUCCGGAACUAUGCACCAACAGCCAGCCAUUAGUGAUCUGCCCAAAACGAAGGCAGUAAAAGAGAUGGGUCGACCUGUUCAAAGGGGUGGCCCUUCAUCAAAGGAAACUGUACCUGUAACCAAAAAGUUCCCUGGCCCAGUUGCUUCCAACAAAAGCUCACAGACAAAGACUGCUCCAAUACCUACCUGUAUCUUUACUUUAAUUUUUAUGUCUCUGCAGUCUGAUAUGUCAGUUGACAGUUUGCUGCAAUCAUUGGGUCUAGAGAAAUAUUUAAUAACAUUCAAGGCAGAAGAGGUUGAUAUGACAGCUCUUAUACAUAUGACAGAUGAGGAUCUAAAGGCUAUAGGUCUUCCAAUGGGUCCUAGAAAAAAGAUACUGUUGGCUUUAAAAUCCAGAUCUUAGAUUGGUGGUAAGCAAUGGACAACGGAUUUCAUCAUCUGCAACGAAAUAGAUGACUGCUGAAAUGGGAAAUGUUCUCAUCCUUAUCAAGCCUGGAAUGGAGCUUUUGGAGUUUUUGUGGCUGCCGUAGGUGAACAUACCGAUACUUUCCACCUGAUCUCUGGCAAUCUGCUAACUGAUUUUUGCUGGAAGAAAAAUCCAAAUCAUUCUUAGAUUGUGAUGUUGAGUAGGAUUUAUUUCUUUCUGUUAAUUGUCCUUUCUUCAAGUUGUAUGUUAUGGAUUAGCAGAACAAGUUUGCAGUGAGGGGAAUGGAUAUAAUCAUUGGUUA